UCAAACCAACUACUCCAACUGCGUGGCCCACUUCACCCAUAACAUAACCACCAAAACAAUCGAACAGUAAUAGUACGUAAAGUAAGUAAUAGCCAACCGCCAUUAGUGAAGGGGAGUGGAGUGGCUCUGUUCUACUAUUCAUCAUCCCUCAUUACUAAAUAUCUCUCGUCGUCUCCAACGCACCAAGAGUCGAGUUGAGUGAUCUGCAAAAAUGUUUGGCAAUCUAUUCGGAUGGAGAAAGGCUUCCAAAUGCAAGAAAUUGGUGAGAAGAGUGAAGUGGCGGCUGAAACUGCUGACGAACAGAAAGUGGUGUAUUGUGAAUCAGCUGAGAAAGGAUGUCGCUGAGCUUCUCAAAUAUGGUCUUCAUCAAGCUGCCUUGCAAAGGGUGGAGCAGCUUAUCAAGGACGAGACAACAAUUGAAGUAUAUCAUCUCCUCGACCAAUUCUGUGAACGUAUAAUAAUCAGCAUUCCCUACAUCCGAAAGCACAAGGAUUGCCCCAAAGAGAUCAAUGAAGCAGCAUCAGCUCUAAUAUUCUCGUCAUCAAGAUUAGGGGAGUUGCCGGAGCUCAUCGCCAUUAGAGACCUCUUCAAAGACCGCUAUGGAUCCACAUUCGUCAUGCUUCCCCUCCAAUUGCUCCCCGGAAACAUUGUCGAUCCUCAGAUGAUAGAAAAGGUCUGCUCCAAAAAUGUGGUUGAGGACGAUGAUCUCAAGUACAGAGUGUUGGACGAAAUAGCCACCACUUCAUGUGUAGUACCGUAUGGACAGUACUUGCUCGAAUACAGACCUGAUAAUGAGCUGCAACAAAACCCUAAACACAACGAAGAAGAAGAAGAAGGGAGGAGAUCAAUUAUGGGAUUGCCAUGGAAGAAUAUUAGUAGCAGGAGUGCUGACCAAGAUGAUCAAAACCUAAUUAGAAAGACGACCACAAAGGGAAUUAGUUGCAGAACGAAAAGGAAAAGGAAAAGAUCUAGAAGGAAUUAUUGGAUGUCCCGAGAAGAUGGAAUUGCGACAGACGACGUCGAAUCUGCUGCAGCAUACUACAAUAGUACCAGUGACAGAAAAUGCAGACCCCAUUCUCAUUCCCGUCGCAGCACAAGGAGGAAGAAGAAGAUGAAUAUUCCACUCUCAGUAGAUAGUUGUCAGAAAUAUUACAACGAUCGCGGUGGAGAGAUUCCGACAGUAGAAGAUAAGAUUCCAGUGGGCAUUAAUGGUGAUAUGAGGAGGAGCUGGAGGUCGAUCUCGUUUCCGUUGGAACAGCCUCCUCGUACUCGUGGUAACUACGACUACAGCUGCUUCCGUUCCUGCCGCCAUGUCCAUCCGAAGCUCCCGGAUUAUGAUGAACUCGCCGCCAUGUUCGUCGGCUUGAAGAAGAAUAGAAGAAAUCCCACCGCCUGCACUACCACCUCUUCUUCUUCUUCUUCUGUUAAUUAGGGUUCCUUA